AUGGCCGAAAGAAAGCCUACAGACGUCCCAGAUUCCAUUUUAUAUAAUGAGACAGCUAUCAGAAACAAUUUCCAAGUCUUAGAGUAUUCAAGGACUUGUCAUGCAGCUCUGGCUGGCAUUGCUGCUGGUAUAUUGGGGUUGACGAGUUUGUGGGGAUUUGGAUUCUACUUUUUGAUGGUAUUAUUACAAGUAAGUUUUAUUUUGUUUUCUGAAUCUAUUUUUAGGCUGGAAUUUGGGAAAUGAAAUCGAACUUUGAGUGGAACAAGUACUUCUUCAGCAGAUCUCUUAUUGUAAACUACUCGUUUGUUGGCGGUCUAUUCACUUAUGUCUUGUUAUGGGUAUUUAUCUACGGAAUUGUGCAUGUUUACUGA